GCAACAACAGUCCAAGAGACCACAGCGCAGCGCCAACGCCGCCGAACGCACCCACAACCAUGACCCCCUCCAUGAUGGCCACUCGCAACGCGUUCCCGCUCAACACCCCGGCGACGCUCAUGUACGUGCGCGAGAAGACCAGCAGCGACGCGACCAAGACCGACUUCGUCACCGCAUCAGAGCCCCGCGACUCGACGGGGGCCAAGCUGUCGCGCAAGAUGAAAGAGCUGUUCGGGAGCAGCAAGAGCCAAAAGCAAGCGCUGAGCCCCUCCGAGCAGCGCGAGAGCAGGAAAGAGGCGCAGCGACGGCAGUACGUCGACUCGCUGGCGUUUGUGCGCACGGGGUUUAGAUGAAGAGGGUGCCACGUAGCUACAACCGCUGUAGGUUUUGUCUGCGGGAGCCGCAGCGCCUCGCAUGACCUGUAAAUAUGAACACGCUAUUCUGUAUUUCCCCCUCC